CCUCGGUUACAAGGGAAGCCUCUUUUAUCAAUUCUGUCAAUGGAGGAUCAUUCCACGCGAAGUUUACGAAAAUUUUCCAACACGAAAGAUGGGCUUAGAGGAUGGGACAUUCUGGAUUAAGGAAAAACAAAUAACUGACUUAUGGGAUUUUAUAUCAGUGAUUAACUGGAGAGAGAAUUGGUUGCUUGCUUUACUUGUGUUCCAUUUUAUCUGUUUGAUUGGAAUAUUAUGCACAAGAAAACAUACAAAUAUUCAACUAGCAAUUUUUUGUUGCUUGUGUGCUUUAGCUUUAUCAUCUCAGAAAAUAAAUGAACUAGCUGCAAAAUACUGGAAAGCUUUUGCCAAGGAGCAAUACUUUGAUUCUCAUGGCCUUUUCAUAAUGGUGACAUUCUCAGGACCAAUAAUGUUCAAUUGUCUUGUUCUAGUGAUUAUUUGGCUUCUUGAAGCUGGAAAACUUUUGAUAAAAACCAAGAGAAGGCAGCUAUUAAUAGUCAAAGAUGCUCCAAAUGAAAAAUUAAGGGAAAAGGACAAAGAUGAUUAGUGUUACGACUUUUAAUUAUUUAUAACUAUAAUUGUUAUUUGUAGAAAGAUGAUUAUAUUUAUUUAGGUAACUUUUGAACAAAUAGUUGAAUUAAACCAUAUUGUAGUAUUUUGCUUUGUGUGUGUCUUUUGCCUGGCUUGGUCUCUCCCCUGAUGUUAAAAGACUGCACAUGUGAUGGUAGAAGAAAUUUUUUACUGUCUGUGUGCUUAAGGCCAUCCUAAAGCUUAGAUUCCAGAAUAAGGAUAUUCAGCAAAAAUGGGGCCAGUGGGUACAUGAGGUAAGGGGUUCGUGCCCC